AAAUCAAAUGUUUCAUCAAAUGUUCUUCCACUUCCCCUUUCUGUCUCGGGGAGAGAAAUUCCUCCUCCGCAUGUUGCAGCAAUGAUUACACGAAUAUAUAGUAUCCAUAUUUAUAUGAUUCGUAUUUGAAUGUCUGUCAUUGAACUGUACGUUUCUUUGCACAUCUCCCUUCUCGGCUGCACUGUUUGCAUAAUGUCGUCGAUGACCGCUGGCCACUUUCUGCACCAUUUGCACAAUGGUCGCGGUAUUAGUUAGGUUCAAUUGCUGGAAAUUGCCAUUACAUGAGCGUCGGCGCGCUAGCGGUCCACUUUGGUUGCUCAAUGACUCUCCGCACGCGCGAUCGAUGUCCGAAAUGUAUCCGUCGUCAUAGCGACUGUCCGUCGUCGUACCGGAGCGGCUCCGACCGACUUCCUUUCGUUUCUUCUUUUCUCACACUUGGCCAAUGAAGCUGAUUCGGAUUCCGCUCAAGUUUCAAUUGAACUAUUAUCCAUACACAUGAGGUUGUAUUAUAAUUCAUGAUUGUAAUAUUCCAUAUCACUGUGAAGAAUAUACUUCCCACAUGUCACUCAUUGUACAAAUAUUACUGUUGAAUAAUUUGACUAUCUUACAGGUACAGCUCCAAAAAUUAGAAUACGGUUGAAAAGUCUUCCACGAUAUCGAUGCAUGUAACACUUCAUUCCAAAUCAUUUUCAUUGUUUGCGGCGUAAUACUGCAAGUUUGGCUUUUCGUUCACUGCGCGCUCGAAUCAUCGAAGUUGUGCGCGCAACUUUUCCCAAUGAGGGGGACUUUUUGAAUGGGACCUUUUGAAUCGGACCUGUAGAAUGGGACUUUUUGAAUCGGACCUUUUGAAUCGGACCUUUAGAAUGGGACUUUUUGAAUCGGACCUUUUGAAUCGGACCUUUUGAAUCGGACCUUUAGAAUGGGACUUUUUGAAUCGGACCUUUUGAAUCGGACCUUUAGAAUGGGACUUUUUGAAUCGGACCUUUAGAAUGGGACUUUUUGAAUCGGAGCUUUUGAAUUCCGUUUCGCUUUCGACACGAUUCUAAUGGAUUGCGAUCUACCUGUAAAAUGACUUUGCAAAUACCAAGAUGCAAUCAUGUGGUUAUGAACUUGCUCCUGAUUGGUCGUAUGAGUUUUUUUUUAAUUUUUUUUUAACAUGAUUUCUAUUAUUGUUAAAUCAUGUGUUCAUGCUUCAUUAUUUUCGCUAUUAUUCCUUCUUUUCAAUAAAAAGCUGCACUCGACCACUGCAUGUUCUCGCGAUACUUGAUGUAAAUCUCGGCGGAAAACACACGCUCACGCGUUCGUCACGUGGUGCGGCGCUUGCGAGUGUGAGUGCGCAUGCGCGCUACGCCACAGCGGUCGGCCCGAGCUGGGGAAGCUUCCACGGCAAAAAAAAAAGGCUUCAGGAGGCCCGCACGAGGACAACAACAGCAACAGCAACGAGAGUCCUGCGAACCGGGACCCGCACGGUCCGCCCCUGCGUCCGCGUGCACGCGCCGAGACAAAGACUUGCGGAUGAGGACGGCAUGACGUCCCUCAGCCGGACCGGGCUCCGCGUCGCCUCGGCGCCGGCGCCGGUGCCGGUCCUGGUCCUGGUGCUGGUGCUGGUCCAGACCCGAUGGGCGAGGGCGGGCCGCUCGGACCGCGGCGGCUCCGUGUCGGCGUCCGAGGAGUACGUGAGCGCCACGGUCAACGCCAGCGCGAUGGACGCGCGAGGACACGCCGUCCACGCCAUGAGCAGCGACGACGGGACGUACGGGCAGAACUCGCCCAAAGUGGACGCCCGUGCGCUGCUCGUCGUCACGCCCGCGCCGCGCCGCGGAGUUGUGGAUCGUCAGGGCUGCGACCCCAACACGCGCUUCGUGGCGCCUUCCCGCGGCGUCCAGUGGGUGGCGCUGCUGCAGAGAGGAAACUGCACGUUCAAGGAGAAAAUCCUGAAGGCCGCCGCCUUCAACGCCUCCGCCGUGCUCAUCUACAACAACUCCACCAACAAGACGGUCAAGAUGGGUCACGAAGGUACGGGCGACACGGUGGCGGUGAUGAUCACGGAAGGUUACGGCAAAGAGAUCCUGGCCCACCUGGAGAGGAACCUGAGCGUGGUGGUGACGGUCCUGGUGGGUCAGCGCAGUCCCGCCAAGAACAUCAAUCGAGGCUCGCUGGUCUUCGUGUCCAUCUCCUUCAUCGUCCUCAUGAUCAUCUCGUCCGCUUGGCUCGUCUUCUACUUCAUUCAGAAGAUACGAUACGGCGGCGCCCCGCGGCGCGGACACCGCCGUUUGGGCGACGAAGCCAAGAAGGCCAUCGGGAAGUUGACCACCAGGACGGUGAAGAAAGGAGAUAAGGAGACGGAUCCCGACUUCAACCACUGUGCGGUUUGCAUCGAAGCGUACCAGCUGAACGACGUGGUCCGCAUCCUUCCCUGCAAGCACGUGUUCCACAAGGCGUGCGUGGAUCCGUGGCUCCACGAGCACUGCACGUGUCCCAUGUGCAAGCUCAACAUCCUCAAGGCUCUCGGCAUCGCGAGCAGCGUCCCGUGCGCGGACAGCGCGGUUCUGGACGUGGAGCGUCCGGGUGCGGAUCGGCCGCCCGCCGGCCGCGGGGCGCCGUCGGGCCGGCGCGGCGGCCGACCCGCCGUCAGCCUGGAGCCGCUCAGCCCGCCCCGCCCGGAGGCCCCGCCCCGGACCCCCGCCCCGGACAUCGCCAUCACCGGUGGUCGCUUCUUCACGUCGACGCCACCUCCUCGCAUGGAGCUCCCGGACCUCCAGGCCCCUCUGGACCUAUAUGAUGACAAGUCCUGAAGGCUGUCGCCAUGACAACCCCUCCGCCUCCCUCUCGCACGCACACACACACACACACACACACACACACACACACUCACACACAGUGUGACUUGUGUAAGGACACCAUAGUAUUCCAAAGUGUCGAUGAAGCGGAUCCAUCUAGCUGUGGUCUGACUGGGCUUUUGGAGUAGAAGCCGGCAGGAAUUCUCCACAAAAAACUGAAUUACUUCCCAGGUUCUGCACGCGAGUGUUUGUGUUCCUUAAGGCUUAGAGAAGUUCUGCUCGGACCUCCGGGUGAUGAUUUCUCACUUCCCGUUUCCCCAAAUGUUUGGGAAUCUCCAAAAGCUAGCCGGGAUGUUUCACUGGGUGACGAGGGUCUCGAGUUCCUCUCGAGGAUCCUGGAAAAGUUGGGAGGAUCUGGAGAUUGUUCCUUGGUAGAAAAGCGAAUUCCUAGAAUUCCAGAGUGCCUGAACGUUGGUGAGUGGAUGCCACUGCAGCUGGAUCACAACCAAAGAGCCAGAACCACCGGACCUUUGAAGCAAGCCCAGUCCAGUCCUGGGACCAGAACCAGAAGUAGAACUUCCUUUGAGAAAAUCACGUGACCUCGAAAAGCCCCGACCAAUCACAUUUCAGGGAACGGCCCCUCACCUCCCAGCGAGUCCCGCCGAGAUUCUGAGCCGGGCGUUCCCCGUGUCACGUCGCUAUGGUAACCGUGUUUGUCGCCGUUUCCUCUCUGAGCGGUGUUGCGAAAUCCGCUCUUCCGCUCCGCAUUUUUCGCGCCAACUUCGACGAUGAUUUUGGACUCCAAAAUGGAAGCCAGGCUUCCAUUUCUAUGCUAACUAUUAGCCUAGCCUAGCACAAUAACUGCUAGCCAAGAUUUGCACAAAAGACAGAAGGGAAAGGAUAAUACUAGCCUAGCUUAGUUUGUCUCAUGUUAGCAUAGCAAGACAACGAGGGAUUAAAGAAAAAAAAAAAAAGGCUAGUUUAGCUUUGCAGGAAAUAAAGGGAACACGCACGUGAAAGUCGCGUCCAAACAUCAACUUAUGUGCUUGCUAACGGGCCGAUCGACUCGUUAGCCGGGCAGCUAACGAGUCGACGACAUCGUCGAGUGAGACUUCAGGCGCCGCCAUACGGGCUUCCAAAAACCAUCCCUCCGUUUCUGUCGUACGACCUCCCCGAAGCGUCCCUCCGUCUGCGCCGUGUCAACUCCCGGAGUUUCGCUUUGACGGCGGCGCAGGUGUUAAUAUUGUUCAUAAUUAGCAUUUAACCCAAAUUUAUACAAUCUAUAGAGCAUUAUGAUACGGAAAUAUAUAUUAUUCAAUCUAUAGACAAUUAGAAAUGUGAGCCAAAGCUUACAAAAUACGUCAAUAAUAACCACGUGUUGUGCCAUUUGCAUAUGUAGUCAUCAUAAGGAACAACAGAUAGAAAUUCAUAUUGUAACUGAACACCAAUAUAUCUUAUGUAUUUCACAUUCAUCACCGCGACACCAAUGGGAGGCGUGUGAUUGGUCAAGUUCAAUUGUGGGUGGGGUCAGUUGUGAGGCCGGUGAGCCACGUCAAUCAAGAUGUGAAGCAAUACGUAUUGAUCUGUCAUGAAUGUCCUUUGCACAUCACUGGAUGGUAUGACAUGAAACUAAAGGUUUUAACUUUGUAAUUUGAUGACUUCAAAUAUGAACCGAGAUGCAAAAGUGACGUAUGUAUGAAACAUCAAGUUAAUGUCCUGUAGUUCUUUUGAUUAUUCAAAUGCUGUCAAAUCAUUUCACCCGUUGGACCCGCCUCUACUGGUCACCUGGUCCUGCCGUGCAAUGUGAUUGGUCCGUCACCAGAUCACUCAACAUUCUCUUGGCAGUUUUGUUGAUGCGUUCACUUUUUUGUUUCCAUUAUAAAUAAAUGAUGUGAACAAUU